CUGAAAAAACAUUGUUCGAAAAAUUGAGUUUAAAGUUUACAUUGCCUUUAGCUUGUACACACAAUAUCUCUAUAGGUCAUCUUCGUAUCAUCCUUGCGCUUAGAAAUCCCAAUAAAUGUCCAUAA